AUUGCCAAUCUCAAACUAAACACAGUGAGAUCUAUUCUCUUCUUCAUCAGAUCCAAGGAAUAUGGAAAACGUUCCAUUUGCUAUUGCUUCUAAUCUCAUUCACAGGUUGGCUUCCACAGAUUUUCUUGAAUUUGGAAAGCAUUAUGAUGUGACGGAAGAGUUGGAAGAGCUUAAGAACACUGUUGAAUGCAUCAACGAUAAGCUCCUUGAUGCCGAAGACAAACAAGAUCAAGACGGUGGUGUGCGCGUCUGGAUCAGAAGGUUCAAAAAAGUGCUUCAUGCUUCAGAUGACUUCUUAGAUGACCUUGCUAUCGAAUUUAGGAGAGACAAAAUGGGUGCAGGCGAAGGAAACGAAGUAAACAGGGUACUUCGUUCCAUUUCAUCUUCAAAUCAACUUCCUUUAUACAGUGAAACGCGUGACAAAAUUAAAGUAAUACGAGCAAGUUUUAACGAAGUAGUGAAAGCAAUGAAGGAGUUGAAUUUAAUCUCAAGUUCUAUGCUGGUUAAGCAAAGUGAAUGCAGGGAAACAGAUUCUUUUGUGGUAGAAUCUGAUAUCAUUGGAAGAGAGCAUAGUAAAGAGGAGAUUAUUGGUCUGUUGAGACAACCACAUGAAAAGCAAACAGUUUCUGUGAUUGCCAUUGUUGGCCUUGGUGGUUUGGGUAAGACAGCUCUUGCUCAAUUGGUGUAUAAUGAAUUGAAAAAGCAGAAUUCUUUUGAAAUGCAAAUGUGGGUGUGUGUCUCUGAUAACUUUGAUGUUAAAACUAUUCUGAAGAAAAUAAUAGAAUCAAUUACUCGUUGCCAAAUAGCAGUCGGGUUAUCGUUAGACUACUUGCAAGAAAAGCUUCGUCAAAAUUUAAGUGGUAAGAAAUAUUUGUUGGUGCUGGAUGACAUUUGGAAUGAUAGUUAUAAAAAAUGGGCUGAAUUGAGAAAGUACCUGAUGUGUGGCGCUCAAGACAGUAAGAUUUUAGUGACAACUCGAAGUGAAAAUGUAGCCAAGGCAAUGACUGCUAGCACUUCCUAUCAUUUGCAAGGUUUGACCGAUGAAGAAUCUUGGAGUUUGUUGAAAAACAUUGCAUUUGAAGAUGAUUCCAAAGGAGUGAAUAAAAAUCUAGAAUCAAUGGGGAAAGAAAUAGCCAAGAAAUGUAAAGGGGUUCCACUAGCAGUUAAAACGCUGGGAGGCCUGUUACGAGGACAAAACGAAGAAAGUGAAUGGGAAAAUGUUUUACGCGGUGACUUCUGGAAAUUAUGCGAAGAGCAAGAUAGUAUCAUGCCAAUUCUAAAACACAGUUACCAAAACUUGUCCCCCGAGAUGAGACAAUGUUUUGCUUACUGCUCUUUAUAUCCCAAGGAUUCAGAAAUUUCAAAGGAUGAGUUGAUUCAGUUGUGGAUGGCACAGGGUUACCUUAAAUGUUCAACUGAAAAACAGCAGAUGGAGGAUGUCGGUAACCAAUUUGUAAAGAUAUUUUUGAUGAACUCAUUUUUUCAAGAUGCAAAAAGUGAGUACGGUGAGGUCAUUAGCUUCAAAAUGCACGAUUUAAUGCAUGAUCUUGCAAUGCUUGUUGGUGGCAAUGAUUAUUGUUCCUUGGAUAGUAAGGCAGAAAAAGUUGAAAGUAAACCCAUGCACGUGUCGUUUGAACCUGAGGCCAUUCAUUUACUGGAUUCAUUGAAUGCAAGCAGGCUACGAACUUUGAUUUUACUGAGGUAUUGCUUUCGAGAGAAGGAAUUGAAUGUUGUUGCUAAUUUUAAAUACUUACGCGUCCUGAGGAUGUCAUCCUUUUCCUUCUGCAAGUUGUUUGAUUCAAUUGAAAAAUUAAAGCAUUUAAGAUAUCUUGACAUCCUUGAUGAUUUCUUCUUGAGUGGAAUGCCAGUUGGGUUGGGAAAGUUGUGCUGGUUGCAAUUCUUAUCAAUCUUUGUUGUGGGAGACAGCCAACAAACAAAAUAUGGCACACUAAAUGAAUUGAAAGACUUAAACUUAAGAGGAGAACUAAGUAUUGAGCAUCUCGAUCGUGUCAGAGACGUGGCUCUGGAAUCACAUAAUGUAAAUUUAAGAGAAAAAAAAUUCCUUCGUUCGUUGACUCUACGUUGGUUUGGAGACAUCAUCGGUAACAGUGACAGCUUACAAUUAUUAGAAAACCUUGAGCCCCACAGUAAUCUUAAGCGAUUGAUUGUGCACUGUUAUCCAGGUGUGCUUUUCCCACAUUGGCUUUCUCUCCUCACAAAUGUUAUUGACAUCACUCUCCUUGCGUGUGAUAAUUGUCGGUAUCUCCCACCUUUGGAACGUCUCCCGUCCCUGAGGUCACUUGAUAUACAGCUUCUUGAUGAAUUGGAAUACAUAGAUCUAUACGAAGAUGGUUCUACAGUAACCUUCUUCCCCUCUUUGGACAGCCUCCUAUUAAGAGGUUGUCCCAAGCUGAGAGGAUGGCGGAGGCGAGGAGAUGAUAUGAAUGAUUCACAUGAUCUCUCCUUACCUCUUUCAUUUCCUCUUCUUUCUCGACUGGAAGUCUCUAAAUGUCCACAGUUGACUUGCAUGCCUACUUUUCCAAACGUUAAGGAUUUAAGAUGGGGUACCAGCAGUGCAGAGCCAUUAAUAGCAACGCUAAACUCAACUGACUCAUCUUCCUCCGCUGCUCCUCUUUCCAUGCUCAAAGCACUGAGAUUUCCUGAUCCUAUGAAUUUACCAAAGGGUUGGAUGCAAAAUCUGACCUCUCUCGAGUUUCUUGGAAUUGCAGGGUGUAGAAGUGAAACACUGGAGGCAUUUGAAACUGGGUUCAAGGACGACACCAGCUGCCUUCCUUCUCUGCAAAAAAUCAGCAUAUUUGGCUGUGAAAGGCUAAAGGCUUUGCCAGAUUGGAUUUGCAACCUCUCAUCGCUUCAGCAUAUCAAAAUCAUACGCUGCCCAAAAUUGGCAUCGCUGCCCGAAGGAAUGAGUGUUCUUACCAACUUAAAGAUCUUUGAGGUUAACAAAUGCUCCCUCUUACUUGAAGAUUGCCGAACAGAGACAAGUGCUGUUAGUCGCCAAAUCGCACACAUCCCACAAAUUAUCCUUAGUGAUUUAUAAGUAAAUUGUCAGAAAUAGACUAAUGACUCACUUCAGUUGGCUAGAGAUUAACCAGUAUUAUUAGUUGAUGCAAGUAGAAAUACUUGCGCUGAUGAGACAACUUCGUUGAAUUCUUCUGUUACUAGUGCAUUUAUUGGAGUUAGUUUUAGCUAUUGUAAUGGUUGCACCCACAUUUGCUCAGAGGAAGCCAUAAAAACUCAGUUAAACGUAUAAAAAGGUUUUUUUUGGUUGAUGGGGUGUUUGUUUUGGGAGUGGUGGGACAUUGUCACAGGAACAAAUGAAUGAAUUGGCUUGUGGGUUGGAAUUGAGUGGUCAUAAGUUCAUGUGGGUUGUGAGGCCGCCCAGUAAUGAGGCUAAUGCUGCAUAUCUUGGUGCAAAAUAUAAUGUUGAUCCAUUGAAGUUUUUGCCAUGUGGGUUCUUGGAGAGAACCAAAGAGCAAGGUUUGGUUGUUCCUUUGUGGGUACCUCAGAUUCAAGUCCUUAGUCACAGUUCGGUUGGGGGAAUUUUUGAGUCACUGUGGAUGGAAUUCGACCCUCGAGAGUUUGCUGCAGGGUGUGCCACUGAUCACAUGGCCUCUGUUUGCGGAGCAGAGAAUGAAUGCCAUCGUGAUAAGUGAAGGCCUAAAAGUGGGACUAAGGCCUUGAGUUAAUGAAAAUGGCUUGGUGGAAAGGGUGGAAGUUGCUGAGGUGAUAAAGCGUCUAAUGGAAGGGGAAGAAAGCAGGGAAGUGAAGAAAAGAAUGAAGGAAUUGCAAGAAGCUGCUACUAGUGCACUGAAAGAAGAUGGAUCUUCUACAAAGGCCCUUCUUCAGGUAAUACGCAAGUGGAAAAUUUUGGCAUAGGAAAAACAAGCUUCAUGGAAUGCUUUGGUCAGGAUCUUUGCUUUAUUACCCUUUAUAUGUAUAACUUUUUUCUGAUUCUGCUUUGUAAUGACUGCCAAUCCUUCGGUGGACCCUUGCCACCAGUGUGUACAAUGUGUGAUUUUCUGAUCUACAAUGAUGUCAUCAUGAUAAUAUGCACCUUUAAGCUCACAAUUUUGCAUGCUUAUAUGACAUUGUAUUCGAUAGUUGACUGGAGCACAGUUAUUGAAUUCUCU